AAAGCAGUGGUUUUCAGUUGGGAAAAGUCAGAAUAGAGAAAAACCCUUUGAGGCAUCCAGGACAAAUCAAAUCUCUGGACUGAAUUCUGCCCCAGUGCGUCACUUUAGCUGACAGAACACUGGCUGUUUCCACGAUGAGUACGCCAAUCCUGUGGUUGGUAAACCACCUGCUUUCACUUCUCCCCCGCGGCAUGCUGCCUGCAUCACACAAAGAAGCUUCAGAAGCCUGCUAUAAUCUUCAGGACCCAGGCACAGCAGUCCAACUGCAGACUGACUCAGCCGACCUGGUGGGGGUUCUCUGUAGCUCCAUGCUCUCUGUCAUCCUGGCUGCCGCUCCAGCCGCUGACAGGACUCUGCCAUUUUCUGCAACCUCCAGGGUCAGGAAAAAGAAAGACGCCUCAAAGCUUCCAAAUCACUUCCUCUUGGCCCAGGAAUAAUGGCUGCCAUCACAGAAGAAGGCUCUUGCAUCAACUUCAAGGAAAUGGUGUUUGUUGACAACACACUUUACUUUAUACCUGAAGAUAAUGGAGACCUGGAGUCAGACCACUUCGGCAGACUUCACUGUACAACUGCAGUAAUACGGAACAUAAAUGACCAGGUUCUCUUCGUUGACAAAAGAAAGCAUCCUGUGUUCGAGGACAUGCCUGAUAUUGAUCGGAACGCCCAUGGAUCCCAGACCAGACUGAUAAUAUAUAUGUAUAAAGAUAGUGAAGUAAGAGGACUGGCUGUGACUCUCUCUGUGAAGGAUGAAAGAAUGUCUACCCUCUCCUGUAAAGACAAAGUCAUUUCCUUUGAGGAGAUGAAUCCACCUGAAAAUAUUGAUGAUAUAAAAAGUGAUCUCAUAUUCUUUCAGAAACGUGUUCCAGGACACAACAAAAUGGAGUUUGAAUCUUCACUGUAUGAAGGACACUUUCUAGCUUGCCAAAAGGAAGAUGAUGCUUUCAAACUCGUUUUGAAAAAGAAGGAUGAAAAUGGGGAUAGAUCUGUAAUGUUCACACUUACUAACUUACAUCAAAGUUAGGUAUAAGGUUUUUGUGUUCCAGAAAGAUGAUUAGUACACAUGAGACUUAUGAUAACCUAAUCUGUAUUUCCAUAACAAAAUGCCUGAGGCUGCACGAUUUAUAUUGUAAACAAGUUUAAAUGU